AUGGUCGCCCCUUGUCAAUGCUCCAAGUCGUCCAGCGCUGUAAAAGCAGCUGCUAACCUCGAAGAUAAAUAUCUCUCAGACGACCCAAACCAUCCUGCAAACUUGAUCUGCGAAUUAUGCCGCCUAUUCUACGAUAACAACUGGGUCACUGGUACAGGUGGAGGUAUCUCAAUUAGGGAUACCAAGGGAGAAAAUCCCAACUUGGUUUAUAUUGCACCUUCAGGUAUUCAAAAGGAGAAACUUCAACCCUGGGAAAUGUUCGUUGCAGAACUUCCAGAUGAAAAACUCCUCAGGACUCCCAACGAUUGUCCUCCAGAGUUAACAAAAUCUUACAAAUAUAAACCAUCUGCUUGCACACCUCUUUUCAUGAGUUGCUACUCCAUGAGAGAUGCAGGUGCCUGUAUCCACACACAUUCACAGGCAGCUGUCAUGUGCACGUUACUUUGGGAAGAUAAAGUCGAAUUCGAAAUCUCCCACAUCGAACAAAUCAAGGCCCUCCCAAGAUUGAAAUUCAAUGAACUGACAAAGAAAAUCGAGAAGGUCGGUAGUAUGGACUAUUUCGACAAGCUUGUGAUCCCAAUCAUCGAAAAUACUCCACAUGAGGAGGAUUUGACCGAUAGUUUACAAGAAGCCAUCAAAAACUACCCAGGAACCACGGCUGUCUUGGUUAGAAGGCAUGGGAUCUAUGUAUGGGGUGAAGAUGUAUGGAAGGCCAAGGUAUAUAAUGAAGCCAUUGAUUACUUACUUGAAUUAGCAGUGAAAAUGAAGCAAUCUGGUAUUCCAACUGUCAGAAAAUAA